AUGAAGCAUAGGCAAGUUGCUCUGCAUUUUUCUUUCUGUACCUAUGUGCUAAUCUUGACAUUAGCCACCGCUCAAACCACCACUAACACCACCUCUCAACCCAACAAUUACAACAUAACCAAAGACCGCAAUAUCACGAAACCAGGAUGCCCAAAACAGUGUGGAAAUCUUACAGUUCCAUACCCAUUUGGGAUUGGCAUAGGAUCUGGUUGUGCCUUAGACCCCGGGUUUGAGAUCGACUGCAACACUUCAAAUGGUUCUCCAAAACCCCUCAUAGGGAACAUUACUAUCUACGAAAUAUCCGACACUGAAAUGCGCAUAUCAAGUAUUGUAGCUCGGAGGUGUUACUCACGCGAAGGACUACCUCAACUCCCUGAUGAUCCUGCAUGGAUGACUUUAGGAAAAACUACUCCUUACACUUUCUCAGCCCUUAACAAAUUCUCUGUUGUUGGUUAUGAUGAUGCUGCUGUAAUGAUCGGACUCAACUAUGCUAAUGGCUGUUUCUCUCUCUGUACUAGUUCAAGCGAUAUUAUUUUUGAAGGAAGAUGUAUGGGAACUGGUUGCGGUCAAAUAGAAAUACCAAAGGGAUUGAAAUACUUUGAUGCAUCAAUCCUAAGCAUGGAUAACCACACACAAGUUUGGUCUUUCAAUCGAUGUGGCUAUGCGUUUCUUGGUGAGGCGAGUCGCUUCCAAUUCAGGGGCGCUGAGGAUCUUACUGAUGAUGAUGUUAAGUUUACACAAAGGAUUUUUAAUAGUGUCCCGAUCGUGCUAGAUUGGGCCAUUGGAAAUCUUACUUGUCUUGAAGCACAGAACCGAACCGAUUAUGCUUGCCUGGAGAAUAGCCAGUGUGUUAAUUCCAACACAAGUCUUGGUGGUUAUAGGUGCAGUUGUAACUCCGGAUAUGAAGGCAAUCCAUACAUUAGUCCAGGCUGCCAAGGUAACUUGAUUUCUUUAUUUUGCUAUUAG